AUGGGAAAUGGCCAAAAGGCUCAACAUAAAAGAGAAAGAAACCAAAAAGCAAACGGAGCAAAAAAUGCAAGCAGUCAAUUGAAAGUUAAUGAAGCAGCAAGAACUGUGAUUUGUCAAGUUUGUCGUAAUACUUUUUUAUGUACUAUAAGAGCUAAAGCAAGAAAAAUAAUUGCACUUGAAAAUUAUAAGAAAAAACAGGCAAAAAAACAAAGAGUACGAUUAAAACAUUUAAUAACAAUUUAUCAUAAUAUAUCGAAUUUCAUAAAUUUAGAAAAUUUAGAUGAGAAAAUUGAAGAUAUUUUUGAUAUGCAGAUGGAUUAUAUUGAAAGUGGAGGAGGAAUUAAUGCAAAUGAAGCUAGAAGAAGGAUUGAAUCAAUCAAAGAUGCAUUAUAUGGAACUUCUCAUGGUGGAAAAUAUCCUGGACUAAAAAUGAUUGAGAAUUGGGCAAAAGAAAACAACUAG